AUGGCGCAUUAAACUCGCUGGAUCUAGAAUUCGAAUAAUUUUCUAAUUCGAGAAUAAUAUUUAAUAUUUUCAUUUUAACGCUAAUUUAUUAUUUAAAGUAAUGUUUGUGCACGUCUCAAACUAUUGUAGUGUUUGAUUUUAACGAAAUUGUAGAUAUCGGGUGAAUAACUUGUUUUAUUCGAGUAGAUAACAAUGGGCAGAAGAAAGCGUACAUACAGCAGCAGCAGUAGCUGCAGCGACGACAUACCGCUGCUGCGGCUGAAAGGGCCGGACCUGACUGCUGCACUGUACAUGUACCGCCAGGAGAACUGUCAGCUGUGUGAUAAGAUCUGCCAUAAUAAAUAUGAAUACCUAGUCCAUAACGCUAAUCACAUCAUCAUACCACUGUUCAGGGGUUCAAUACCUCACUGCCUACCCUGCAAAAAGUACUUCACAACGGUGGAAACCCUUCAACUACACAAUGACAAGCAUCACAAAAUAGUACCAGACAUAUUAGAAAGUAUCAUUAAUAACAAACCCGUUGUCAAAUGUGACAGCAGUGUUAACGAUCUGAUAAGGAUAAACAACGAGCAGAAACUAAACGAUAUCAUUAGUAAAGAAGUUGUUGUCCGUUGUGAUGAUAACCUGAGCGAGUUACUUAGAGCCACCUACAAGAGAGAUUAUCAAGGUGACGAAGAACCAAUGGAAUGUGAUAGUACAGUCAACGAGCCGUACGUUGAUGGUAAAGUUGAAUCUGCAACGUCAACGGUAGAAGACAUGGUAUAUGAAAUUGAAGAUAGCGAUGAAGAUACAAAAGUGACAAGCAAUAUUAAAAGCAGAUUGGUGUUUGAGGAUGAUAAUUAUGACGUUGAAGAUGACAUAAUACAGCUACCACAAAUAGGAAGUUACAUGGGCAUUAAUAAUUAUAAUCUAGUACAAGGUUUGCCUGAUGAUAGCGAUAAUAAUGGAAAUAAAGACGGGGAAACGAAUAAACAAUGCAUGAUCUUAGGAACCAAAGUAGUAUACACUCCCUCGGUGCAUUAUGACAAUCUCACGGUACCAGGGAAGCAUAAGUGCAUGAGAUGCAGCAAGAGUUUUGAGAAUAGAUUCGAACUAAUACAACAUGAGAAAACACAUCUGAAGUUCAGGCUACGGCAUCCAAUGUUGUGUACUUACUGUGACAAGUACAUAGCUGGUAACCACUAUUCACUCCGGGACCACAUAAACAGGAAGCACGAUGAAGUGUCAGGACGGAGACUGCCCCGGAUUGAGAACUGCAAGAAAUGUGGCCUCAAGUACUACUCCAUUUUCAAACACAUGAUGAACUACCAUAGGAUAUAUGUGUGCCCGUUAUGUGAACACCGCUUUGAAGAUAAAUCUGAGCGGGAUGCUCACGUCCCAGCUUGCAAAGGCCCAGACGAUAGUGCAAGACACAAGGUUGAAUACAGCACGGAGGUAGUGAAAGUGAUAAAAAUCUGUGAACUCUGCUCGUUAUUCUGUAAAACCUCCCACAAUUCGAAAUAUGUUCAUUUAGGAGAAUUUAGUAAAGAAGGUGAACGUGUCACAUGUGAACGGUGCGAGAAGAAAUUCUUUGAAGUAAAACUGAUGAAGAUGAUAACGAAGCUGAAAGAGCAACGGCAGGAGAAGAAGAAACUGGUGAACACCAAUGCGAAUAGGUUGAAAAAUAUCCAACAGAGAUUAAAAAUGCUUUCUAAAUUGAAUAAAUGGUAGAUGAUUUCA